AUGAUGAUACAGCAACAGCGCCGCCCAACAACAUCAACAAGGGCCAGUGAAAAAUCGACGUUGAAAAAAUCGCUUCUCACCUGCUUCAUCGUCCUCUCAACCUUGGCCGCAACAGCAACCGCCGAGGUCUCAUUCACUUCCCCACCCGCCAACUCGAGCUUCCUCCCGAACGACUCUCUUGCGCUGACAUGGACCCAAAGACUGUCGACGAACGCCUCGGUUCCAACCAACACCGCGCCGUUUGACAUUACCCUCCGUGCCUUUACUGGACAGAGAUAUUCUAUCCAGACCGGUGUUGCCCAGACCUUGUUAACUCUUCAGGUCAAGAUCCCUGCUGGUGUCACUGGUGGACUCCACAGCUUCUAUGCGGAGUACAACGAUGUCGUCGUCGGCCAAAAGAACACCGAUAGCACCCGUCAAUUUAACAUCCCCCUCCCCAUCGUCACCACACCUGCCACAACCCGCCCUACCAACACUCCUACAGAGUCGAGUGGCGGUCUGUCGGCCGGUAUGCUCGGUGGUAUUAUUGGAGGUGUGAUUGCCAUCCUGCUGGCGGUUGCGAUGUGCUUUGUGUGCCGCCAUCGGCGUCGUGUGGCGGAGGACCGCAAGGAUAAUACUUCGCGGUCGAUGGAUGGGAAGGGUGGGCAUUCGAAGGAGGGAGGCGGAACACAUCAGGAUAAAGAGUCCCUGACAAAGUCUGCGGGUUCUGCAGGCGGGAUCCCUGAUAUGAGGAGUGAAGGUCAAGAGGCUGUGCCUUUGAAGUUGAACCGUCCUAUUGAUGGUAGCCCUCGUUCCCAGCAUCAGAACCAGAACCAACAGCAGUACCAGAACCAGCAUCAGCAGAACCAUAACCAGCAGCGUCCUACAAGCCCUACCGCGACUCGUAACCCAUUCGAAGCUCCCGAGAUGAUGAUCCACCCCGAUUCUCCCAACGGAGCAUCAUCCCCUCGCCAACACAACAACCAGAACCAUCAAUACCAACCUCCUCAGCUGCCUCCUCCCCAGCAGUCGCCUUUUGGCACCCCUCCUCAGCAGUACAGCGGCAUGCCCCCCAAUCCCCUGAUGGGUGGUCAACAGCCAGGAGGACCAGGACAACGGAAUCAGAGUCCUUACCAUCAGAAUAACCGCGACUCGUUCGAGUCUGAACUCGAGUCGGCCUAUGACCCCCACCCUCGUAUGAUGAACCCACCUGGCAACCGCAACAAUGGUCCUUCGCCCAUGAACAAUGGCGGUGCCUCUCCUCUUGGGUACUCGUCCUCGACGGGUUCUUCGCGCUACCCUCGCGACAUGCCCGGCAGCCCUCUGAACCAGCAAGCUCAGCAGGACCGCGAGAUCUUGGCCGUCGCAGCUGCUGUUGCCGCUGCCGCCUCUCCCGUCCCUGCCCACCGCCAAGUCCAGAACCAGCAGAACCAGCAGCAGCAAAAGCCGGGCGCUUCGCCGAGAAUGAAAGAGAUUGAGAUGCAGCAGUUUGAUGUCCAACAGCACCACCAGGAGCAGCAACAAAAGAUGCUUCAACGCCAGCAGCAGCAGCAGCAGCAACAGAGAAGCGCUCAAUCGACACCAACUCCUUUGCCUGCAGCUCAAAAGUCAAUGAACCCUACACAGUUUGAUGACAAGACCGAGUUCUCGGAAUCGGACUCUGAAGACGAUGAGCAGGACCAGAAUCCGUUCCAGAAACCCCAGAACCAGCAGUACCCUCAGCCGGAUGUGAAGCCACCACCACCAGCACCGGCACCUGUCGUCGCCGCACCCUUCACUCCCGCCCCCACAGCUGCCGCUCUCGUCCUCCCCCCCGCACCUCCUCCACCUGCCGCCCCUGUCGUCGAGGACGGCCCCGUGUACAACGGAUACCGCGACACCAUCUUUGGAGCCUACGCCAACAACCACGACGACGACGACGACGAAGACGAGGACAACUUCUUGAACAACCCCGUCCCUGCCCUGCCCCCAGUCUCGGCCGUCAUCGCCAGCCCUCCCUUCACUGCAACAGCCUCGACAACCUACCAGCCCCCACCAGGAGGCGCCGAGAUUGUGCGCAAGAAGUCUGUCAAGUUCACGGGAGUCCCCAAGUCUGGACCCAUUUUCUUGCCCAACCAUGAGGCUGCUAAGGAGCAUCAGCAACAGCGUCAACAGAUUAAGCAGCAGCAGAACCAGAACCAGCAGGGUCAUUACAACCAGGACGAGGAGGAUAGCGACGAGUUUUACUCACAGGACGAUGAUGAGAUCCGCGCUAGAAUGCUCGAAACUGCCGAGAGUGUUGGUUCCCCAUCUACUUCGAGCGCAUCCGCGUCCUUCAGCAGGCCAACUGUCAACACCGCCAACGGCACCACCCCCGCCAACGGUAACGGAAACAACAACGUCCUCUCACCCAUCCGCUCACCCGACCAACCUCAACAGCACCAGCAGUACUCCAAUAACCCCUACCAACUUGGAGAAUUCGAGGACAGUACUGACGAUGAGGACUACAUGGACGACCCCUACGGCGGCUACACCGACUCCAUGUCACCUCCCCAAGCACCUUACGCCCAGCAGGGUAAUUCAGCAGUUGAAGAAUCCCCUCGCCUCAACGCCGUCGUCUCCCCAACCAGCGACGACGACUUUUUCGGAGACGUCCUCGCCGCCGUCCAGAAGACCUCCGUCCCCGCACCUCCCACAUCCUCCUCCUCCACCACAACCCCCCAAUCCCAGUUUAACCCCGACUCCUUUGUGAAACCAAAGAUGCCCGCCGUGCCUUCUCAGGAACCAGUUGCUCACGUCGCACAAUACAGCACCAUCCAGCAACAGCACAUCCCCGCAGCGCAGCCCCAACAUCUUGCCCAAGAAGUCUUUGGCGCCCCCUCUCCCCGUAUGAAGCCCGCAGCUUUGCCAACGACCACCCAGCAGUACCAGCAGCAGCACGGAUACCCUGCCCCACCUCCUCCCGCGCCUCCUGCGAGGGCAAAGGGCCAUUCUCCUGUGACGCAGAAGGCUGUUAACAACAACGAGGAUGAAUCCUACUACUAA